AUGGACGCGCGUGACUUGAUGGGUUCGACCAUCAACAUGUUUGGAGACGCAAACAAGCGCAAGGCGGACGAGAUCGCCCCCGAUGGUGAAGAAGGCGAAGUGCUUCUCGUCGACUUGACUGGCGAGGAAGAGGCGGAAACGCCUGAGCCGUUCGAGGCAGUGCAAGCGGUCUCGAGGUGGAUGAAGCGACCCGAAGGUCAAGCAGAACUGUUACACCGUGUGUCCGCGGUCAUUGCGGCCUCUGCCGCCACCGCGACUGUUGCGGUCGGCUCGGCCGUCGCUGUUGGCGCCUUGGGCCAUCAAGGCGAGUUCUUCGAGUUCGAUGACGCGUUGUUCCUUCGACUCUGUGUUGCCGACUUCCGACAUAUGAGGGAUCAUCUCUUGGAAGCGUUGGAUGAAGUCGGGCUGGUGGUACUGCUUCAAGCGACCAUACGCCGUCCGGGCCUCGAUCCCGAGCGCCUUUUCAAUUUCCGCUUGGUCCACGACUCCAGAGGCGAAGGCGUGGGGGAAGCCCUUGGCCAUCAAUCUCCCCUUGAACCAUCGUUGGGGGGAUUCUUGUUGCUGUUGCGUGUUUGGGCUCAGAACCUCUUGAACAGACGUGUGUUUGUCUUAGGCAGCGAGGAGAACAGCGGCUAG